AUGAGCACAAAAACGAAGUCUAAAUGGAAAAACAGCCGAAAAUUAUGUUCAGCAAUUAACUGUAUGAACUAUCAGUUCAACAGUCAACAUCUUGCUUUUCACCGUUUCCCUGCAAAUCCUGACAGGUGUGCAAGAUGGGUGCAGAAUCUCAGGAAUGUAUCUUUGAAAGGGAUAACCUCUCAGCGACUCCAUCAGAGCUACAGGGUGUGCAGUGCACAUUUUGACCCUAGCCAGUUCAAGAGGCCAUCUGAUGUCCAUGCUGGAUUGAAAUGGGAUGCAGUGCCCACAAAGGAUGCCUCUAACCAUCCACCCCUUCUGGACUUGAAGUUACGGAGAAAGCCACCAAAGAAACGCAAAAAGAGUAAUGUUGUUCAACCAUCAAAUGCAGCCUCAUCCUCUGCAGACAGUGUUUCAGAGACAGACAUCACAACACCUGAUGCUACUGUAGCAGGACCUUCGAUGCCCCUGACACCACUGUUGCCACUGACACCACUGUUGCCACAGACACCACCGUUGCCACUGACACCACUGUUGCCACAGACACCACUGUUGCCACCGACGUCAUUGCCAACAAACUCUGAAGCUGUUGCCAAGGAACGUGCCCUGAAGAUGAAGAUCAGGAGCCUGGAGUCCCAGGUGUGUAAGCUGAAGAAAAAAGUGAGGGAACACGUCCAGCUAAAGAAGACCAGAACGACUGUUCAGUCAGUGUUGAAACAGUUGAAGGAACUCUUACCAGCCAAAGCCUAUGCUUUUAUGAGUACACAGAUACGGGUGUCUCAACGCAAGGCUCUUGGUGUCCGGUGGACUAGUCAGGAAAAAGCUUUUUUCUUGGCUCUGCUCCAGGCCAGUCCAAAAUGUUACAAGCUACUGUUUGAUGUGUUCUCUAUGCCAUCUGUCCGCACACUGCAGAAGCUUAACUCAGCUGAACGUCGCUAUACCUCCCAGGAUGGUCCCAGGAUUGCCAUCAAUUCUAAGGUUUUGGACGACCACAGUUAUGUGACUGCUGAUCGUAGAGAAGCUGAGAUGGAUUCCAUGUGGAAAUCUGCAGAUCCAGUAGUCACUGCUAAUAUAGGAACCACAUCGGACCAGGUAGAGGAACCAAUGGACUAUCUACUAGACAGUCAGUUUGAUUCCCACUAAACACCUUUUUGUAGCUCUUGAGAUCAUGGUAUAGCCCUUUUUACAAAACAGAGGGGGGUGGUGUGUGACAAGGAGAAUUACAAAAAGUCACUUAUCUACAUGGUUAGAUAUACAGUAUACAGAUCAAAAUUCAUCAUAUUUCAUGCACACAAAAUCGCGUAUAAGUCAUCAGUAAAUCAUCUGUAAUUCAUGUAACUGAAGGAAUGGUUUUCACAUUUCGGCUUGGUUCUUCAACAAAUGUAAUAAGCACGUAAAUAAUUUUUAUGUAAUAUUUAUA